AUGGCAGCUCUCGCCAGCUCUCUCAUCAGACAGAAACGGGCGGUCAAGGACGACGGACAAAACCGACCUGUAGCCAACAAAAGGAAGCCCUGUCCCAAGAGCAACAAGUCUCUGUGCCAGAAACAGAUCUUAGUCCUUAUCUCUAAAGUACGGCUAUGUGGGGGUCGAAAAGGUCGAAACGAAAAGAGACCGGAGCCCCAGUUGAAAGGCAUCGUUACCAGGCUGUACAGUCAGCACGGAUACUACCUGCAGAUGCAGCCGGAUGGCACCAUGGAUGGCACAAGGGACGAAGGCAGCUCCUUCUCACAAUUCAACUUGAUUCCUGUGGGUCUGAGGAUCGUGGCGAUCCAGGGAGCGAAGACAGGGCUCUACCUGGGCAUGAACAGCGAGGGGUACCUCUACACCUCUGAACACUUCACUCCAGAGUGUAAGUUCAAGGAGAGUGUGUUUGAGAACUACUACGUGACCUACUCCUCCAUGCUCUACCGCCAGAACCAGUCGGGCCGCUCCUGGUAUAUCGGUAUCAACCGCGACGGACAGGUUAUGAAGGGCAACCGGGUGAAGAAGACCAAGGGAGCCGCACACUUCCUGCCUAAAGUCAUUGAAGUUGCCAUGUACAAGGAGCCAUCGCUACACGAACUAGUCAAUGAACAGAAAGAAAAAGAGAAGGAAAAAGAGAAGGAAAGAGAUAAAGACAGCCCUGCUCGGAAGACAGUGAAGACGUCAGAAGAACGUCAUGAAAUAACAUUCUCCAUCAAGAACUGCAGGAAAGAGAAAAAAGCUCCCAAGGCUGACGCCUCGUAG